AUGGAACCCAAUCCUGCCAACGGCACAGGAAAACAUUUAUCGUUGCCCCCGGGGACGGUGAUGCUGAAUGAGGAACACUCAGACUCAAUCGUCCUCCAUCCAACCCCAUCUAGUGAUCCUAAUGAUUCCCUUAAUUGGUCUUCGUGGCGGAAGGGCUUGAAUUUCGGCCUGACCACCUUCUACGUGCUGUUCACCUUUGUGAUGCUGGAUAUUAUGAAGGUCGCAUUCGAGGCCUACCUGAAGAUGGGCAUAUCAUACGAGACACUGAACAAUGCCGUGGCGACAAACUGUGCCGGCCUAGCGGUCGGCUGUUUGAUGUUAAUUCCCUUUGUGCAUAAGUUUGGGCGCCGGCCGCUGUAUAUGAUAAGUUCUUUGAUCCAGCUACUCGCUGCUAUUUGGUCGGCCUCUCUUUAUACAGGUGGAGAGCUUAUUGGAGCCAAUUUGUUAUCAGGCAUCGGCGGCGCCACCAGUGAGACUAUUGUCAUGAUUACGAUCGUCGAUCUAUUCUUUGUUCACCAGCACGCUCGAUUUAAUGGAAUCUUCUUGUUGGCGCAGAGCCUAGGGGCAUUCGGAGGUCCAGUGGCUGCUGGGUUCAUCGUGGCUAACCAGGGCUGGAGAUGGAUGUGGUGGUGGACGGCCAUCUUCCUGGCAGUCAACCUCGUCCUCGUUUGCUUCUUCUUCGAGGAAACCAAAUAUAUUCCCGUCAACCUUGGCUUUUCGACCGAAGAAUCCAAGCCAGCCAAAUCCUCACAGCGCCUCGAUCGAAUGCCCGCAUAUCCCAGCCCAGAGUCUGAGUUAAUCAUUCCCCGACCCAACCCCCUUUCCAAGCGGCUGGCACUCAUCACCAGAUCCGAUCAGUCAAUCCGGCAUCACUUCUACCUUCCCUUUAAAAUACUCUUUACAUUUCCUGCUGUUGCCUAUGCAGCUAUUACAUACGGACUACUGCUCGCCUGGUUCGCCGUUAUAAGCUCUGCUGCUUCCUACUUCAUGCUGAGCCCACCAUAUUCCUUUAAUUCCUCCUCGGUAGGACUCUUCAUUCUGUCCGCAUUGAUUGGAGCAAUCCUAGUCCUCGCAGUGGGAUAUGCCAUCUUUGGGUUCGGGUUCUCCGUGACCGGAGAUAUCGCGUUAACCUACCUCACGGACUGUUACCCAGAGAUUCUCGGCGAUGCUCUCGUUGGGGUUGUCUUCGUUCGUAACGGUCUCUCCGUCCUCAUAAUGUUCGUCUACACACCAUGGAUCACCGCGAUGGGCAUUCAGAACACCUUUAUCGUUGCCGGAUUGAUCUCGCUGGCUAUGGCUAUUAUGCCUAUUGGGCUGCUUAUCUGGGGUAAACGGGCUCGGGAACACACGGCGGCGGAGUACCGGCGAUAUGCUCUUCGCCAACCUCUUCACCGCAGUCUAGGAUAG